AUGGCUCAAUUGUUCGCCAAGCCACAAUAUGUCUUCUCGGCUGCAUUCGCUCUUCGCGCUGCCCUCCUUAUCUACGGCCUCUUCCAGGAUGCCUAUUCACCAAUGAAAUAUACCGACAUCGACUACUUUGUCUUCACUGAUGCUGCCCGAUUCGUCUCACAAGGCGCUUCUCCUUACAAGCGUGAUACCUACCGCUACACGCCGUUACUUGCCUGGCUUAUUUAUCCUACCACGUGGUCCCGCUUGUGGUUUCACUCUGGCAAGCUUCUCUUCGCGCUCGGCGACAUGUUUGCCGGCUGGUUUAUAUACCAAAUCCUCCGACAGACUGCCAAGAUGCCUGCUGAAAGAGCCAUCAAAUUUGCGAGUAUCUGGCUCUUGAACCCCAUGGUUGCCCAGAUAAGCACCAGGGGAAGCUCGGAAGGCCUGGUACUAGCAGUCGUCGUCGCUAUGCUCUGGGCAGUUGUCCAGAGGCGCAUCGUGCUCGCCGGAAUCUUACUAGGACUUGCGGUACAUCUCAAGAUUUAUCCGUUCAUUUAUGCCGCCUCUAUCGUUUGGUGGCUUGACGAAGAAAAUCUUGGUAAACCGAAAUCGUCCUCACAGUCUGGGCUUUUCGCAUUCUUCAACCGAGCUCGUAUCACAUUGGCCAUCGUCAGCUUCCUAGCUUUCAUGGCACUGAAUGCUGUUAUGUUUUUCAUCUAUGGAGAGCCUUUCCUCGAGCAUACCUUUUUCUACCACCUCAUCCGACUCGACCACCGCCACAACUUCUCUCCUUACAACACCAUGCUCUACUUAAACUCUUCCCCGAUGGCUGAGCCGACUGUGAAGCUUGAGUCUUUAGCAUUCUUUCCUCAGCUGUUCUUCAGCGCCGUCGCAAUCCCGCUGGUGCUUAGUAAGAAAGAUUUGCCUUCGACGAUGCUUGCCCAAACAUUUGCUUUUGUCACUUUCAACAAAGUCUGCACAAGCCAGUAUUUCUUGUGGUAUCUCAUCUUCUUGCCCUUCUACCUUCCCACGUCCUCUCUUCUCCAGUCCACUUCAAAAGGAGUUACAGCCCUCGUCUUAUGGAUCAUUGGACAGGCACUCUGGCUACAGCAAGGAUACCAGCUGGAGUUCUUGGGCAAUUCUAGUUUCGUUCCUGGCCUUUGGUCCGCCAGCGUCAUUUUCUUCUUGAUCAAUACGUGGAUCCUCGGCGUUGUGAUCGCAGAUAUCGGUAACACGGGAACCACAGUUGCUGUGUCUGUUUCUGGGAUUAGCAAGAAGACUUCCUGA